GACGAAAGCGCCAGCUUGCGUUUCCUCUCCGAAACCGACAGUUGUCGAGCUUUAGCGACAGUGCAGCAACUGCGUGUUCCCGACAAAACAAAUUCCGCUUUGCGGCAAAAGCUCCCACUGCGGGGACUGCAUUUGGGGCGAGAGCUUCAACCCCCAUUCGUUUUCAACCCCGUGCAUAUAACACCGUCGAAACCAUAAACGGAUAAACCAAUUAUGCAUAAGAAAAUCGACUAUCUACAUUGCACGCGACCCCACGUUUCAUUGAUUUGAUGAUGACCAGUGCCUUUUGCGAACCCCGCGUUUAAACGUUCCCAAAAGGUUGAAGACAAAACAGUUGAAGAUGACGGAGAGGAAGAUGAUGUACGCGUUCCGUGGAUGGAUUGCGUUUGUCGCAUUUAUGGAUUUGGGUACUGCAGUGAGGAGUUACAUAGAGAAGAGAUCUUUCUUGACUACAUCACCCUCCGAUAUCGAGUAUAACGAUGAGGAUUACACUACUUCGAGGAUUUUGGGUAUAUUCUCGAUCCUGAAGGCUUUGGCGCUGAUCCACUGCACGCUCUAUAUUCACUACAAACCGAUUGUUAGUAUGGGUAUCUGUUCCUUGCUGGUGACGGUCUUUCUGUACUUAACCGAGACUUUGUACUUUCGCGCGGCCGUUCUUAGCUUCUACGUAGUCUUUCCGGGUAUCUUGAACGCUGUCACUUUGGGUGGAUUAAUCUAUUUACCAAGGAGGUUGAAGCUUUGGGAUCCGCCGUUGGAAUUGGAUGAGGAAAAUAUGCACUUGCUAAGGCAAGCUGGAGGAAUGAAAAGGAGACGUAACACCAGGAAGAAUCUAUAGGGAUUACUUCAAGGAUCUGCUAGGUUAUCUAGAAAGUUUUAUAAUUGUUGGUGAAUGAAAUGAUGGCAAUAAAACUCAACAGAGUACAUUUAUUAAAUAGA